AUGGUAUCAACUGGAAAGGGCCUCAGACACGAUUUCCACAUUGUGGCCACCCAGACUCUUACUUAUGCUGCUUCCCUUCCAACAAUGAGGGCCAGAUUGCAUAUGAAAUCGACAAAAAAGGGGCGCGGCUCACUAUCCUAUGAUUUUACCUCCAAAGUCAAAGUCACAGGCGGUCACGAAGUUAAGGGCGGAGAAAACGAUCAAAACCUCUACAGGGACUCUUGUGAAAUGAUAACCAUCGAUAUGAGGCAUGGCUCAGAAUCACCCGAAGACGAAAGGUUCCACUCUGCCAUCAGUGAUUGUGUAAAUGGAGGAACGGAGGCGGUCCGAGAGUACCUUAAAACAUCGUCCGAAGCUCAGCUCUUUCUUCAUGGGCGAGACCGUGAAGGUAAGGCUACCCUGAUUUGUGCGGCGGAAGGGAAAAGUCCAAGUAUGGUAUCUUUGCUCCUAGAGCACGGCGCCGAUGUGAACGCUGUGGAUCUCAACGGCCGGAGCCCGCUCAUGGAAGCAGCACUAUGGGGUAGGCUUGAUACUGUGAAGCUCCUCCUAGAGAACGCCGCGGACAAGGGCUUGCAAGAUACUGAAAACCAUUCUGCGAUCGAUCUUGCUCGACCGACUCAAAGAAAUCGCCGUGAGAGGUAUACACGAAGCGGUGGGGAUCUGUCGCCUCUCUGCAGUCGAGAGCCAUUGGUUCGGGAGGACACCUUCAAGAGAGAUAUUGAUCGCCAAAGUAUUGUACACCUUCUCGGCGGAGAGGGCAUGAGGUCGAAGAAUGUAUUCGGCAGUCCCCCAAUGUUAUCACGAUGCAAAGAUUAUUCUUUCAGAAGAUCGCCAGGGAGUUCUUCAAUCGUGCUACAAGGCCCCAUUGCAAGUUAUCCUGUAACUACGGAGUGGAAGACUGUCGCAUGCCUAGAGAGAGGCGGCAGAUUUGCAUCUGUUGCAGCUAUGAGUGGAUGGUCGCACGACCAACGGCCGCAAGUACGAGUCAGUGGACGGCAGUGGACAGACGAGGUUCUCUAUAUUUCUCAACUCGUCAAUCAUACUCUGGCUCGCGAUGACCGCGAUCGAGGCCAUCCAGGCCAAUUCAAUGCUUGCCAUGCCGAAAAGCAAUUAAUUGCAUACUUUAUUGAUCAUCAUAUUUUUCUUCCUCGUGAUAUCACUCCGAGUUCUGAACUUAGAGAAAAGAUUAGCUUAGUGGAAAGGCAGCAUGAGGCUUUCUACCUCUACUCUCCAACAGGGCGUGAGCUAUCCUCGCUCCGAGCAAGAGUCCAAGAUCUUGAAACAAAACUCUUUGACGCCGACCAUGUAUCGCCCAAGGAAAGAGAGGAACGGAAAAUCAAGGCACUAGAAUCGGCGCUCCGGUCCGCAGAAGAGCAGUUUAAGCGGCUAAGUGGAAGACCUCACGGUCAACAGAUACUCGACUUGGAAAGGCAAUUGGAUGCUCUGAGUCAACAGCAAGCUAGACAUGAAAAACUUGCCUGUAUGUUUGAGAAACGACCACCUGCUUCCCUCUCCGAAGCGGUUAUCCUUGCCAGUUCCCCCAUUUGUAACGAUUGCUUGGAGUUCAAAAACAAAGCCAAUCAAUUUUUCGGGAUGUCGCUGCAAUUAUUUGCGGCAUGUUAA